CUUCCGGACACACGGGGGCGCUGCGGUCAGUUCUAACGGGUGAUUUGUGUCUGAACAAGUUCAUGUGAAGUUGCAGUGUGCACGCAGUUCCUUCGUGUUUAACCCGGAUUUCUUUCAUUUAAAUUAACAAAUAAGAGCUGUAGAACUUUCCAGAGACCUCUUGCACGUGAUGACAAAGCGGAGAGCCGAGAGCUCGUCACUUCACGAGGUUCCUCGGAAUAAGAUGAAAUGUCGCUCUGUGUGUGAUGCAGAGCCCGAGCUGGAGCCAGUGCACGCUCUGGAGGUAGAGCACGCGCUGCACGCCGCCUCUCCGCCUGCACUCUUCACCACUGUAAUCGGGGAGCGGUGCAGAAAGAGACCGAGAUGCUGUGAGGAUCAUGAGCAGCGCGACAGGACAGGGACACCGGAGGACAGCCUGAGUAACGUUACAGACAGCGUGAAUAAGGAGACCGGGGAUGUGUGCGUUUCUGUAAACUUCCGAGGCGCGAGCGGUUCGUGCACGUGCGAGAUGGCGUCCAAAAAACGAGCAAGCGGGUCAAAACCGGAAGAGCGCGCAAAGGUCACGCGUCCUGACGACAACGACGACGAGCUUUGUUCGUUUAACUCCUUCCAGUUCUGGAGAACUCCCCUGCCUGCGUUAGAUCUGUCGCUCCUGGACAGUCCGUCCACAACCGAGCUCAGUGAGGACAGUUCUCUCAAAGACACCAUGGAAGAAAUGGAGACAUGAUGCAGCAAUAUGUCUCUCCACGAUAUGUUAUAAACUCUGGUGUAAUGUCACCUUGCAAAAAAAAAAAACUGGCGGGAAUACCAUGUACUUUUUUUUUUUCUCUCCUUCAUGCAUAAUGCAUAUUUCUAAGCUGUUUCUAAGACUAUAAAAUGAGUAAUUUAAUGUCAUUGUUAAAGCAAAAACCUGGUUACUUAAUGUUUCUUCAUGGGUCAGUGUUUCAAUAUUUCUGUUUUGCUCAGAAUGCAUUUAGGUGAAUGUUUAUUCUGUCAUUAAGUUCCAAGUUUAUCAGCAGAAGAUUGUGAAUUCAGAUCCUAGGACUGGCAGAAAAACCAUGGUUGGAUUUUCAUACAGUAAGGUUCAAGAACAAAACAUUUGAUGAAACCUUUCAUUAAUUAACCAGUUAUGAGGGUCAUUGUCAUGGUGGUUCUGGAUCCUGUGAUGGAUACACUGGGCAUGAGUCAGGACUUCAUCUUGGAUGGGACACUGGUCCUUUUCAGAUCACAUAUCAUGGGGCAAUUCAUCUCAGCCAAUCCAUCUACCGGCAUGUUUUUUUGGGAGGCGUGAGGAAACUGGAAACCUGGAGGAAACCCACAAAGACAUGCAGAAUUCCACACAGACACUAACCCGAAGGUCAGGACUUGUUGUGAGGUGCCGCCCUUGCUGAAGCCAAAUGUACAUGUUUCUAUUAUUUGUUAGCUAUGUUAACCUUGUAACUCAAAUAAUGUUUGCUUUACAAGAAUAGAUUUUUUUUUUCUUCCAAGGACGGUUGUCAGUGUCAGAAAUGAUUUAUUCUCAGAAAGUAAACACUGCUACAAUGCUUAUUUUUAGCGGAAUUGUCUCAUACAGCGUGACGAGGGUAAACCCAGUAUAAAGGAAACCAGCAUGUCUUGGGUAAUCGACUACAUUUUGGGUUUUGGAGAGGAUUUUUCGCUGCACUGUUGCUUCAGCCCUCAGCUGCUCAGCUCUGUUCUUAGAUCGGAUUCUGCCUCAUUUCCAGGUUGCUUUCGAAGCACCUGCAGAAUGAAUACUUGUAAAUGCGAGGUCUGUGAAAUCUGACAAAUAGGAUUUUGUUUCCUCCCUUGUUUCUUUUAGUAAACCUGCUAUCUGAUUUUCUUUAUCAUCGUGACAUGUAACAAUUCAGAUUGUACGUCUUCUUGUAUUAAAUGUCUGGUUUUUUUGUUUGUUUUUAAAAAAAACUUUUUUCUAUUGUAAAGACUGUCCAUAUUGAGCUUGUGAUUUGUUCUCUUGCUCUUAAGAGAAGGUAUCUUUAAAAAAAAAAAAAAAAAAAGAUUAAACCAUACCAUUUAGUCUGUCAACUGCAGCUGCAAUAAAAUGUGAACUUUAUUCUUAUGCUGCUCUACUUGUGUGUUUAAGCUCAUACCUUUUAAUUUUUAUUUAUUUAUUUAUUUUUAAUCUUAAAGUUUCUCAGUUAUCAUCGCCUACCGUCACUCCACCAUCCAGAACUCUGACAUCAUAGCAGUGAUGUCAUGACAGUUUGUGAUCAGGAAAGACACACAAUCAGCUCCUGGCCUUAAAUGGAGCUUAUUACAAGCUGGUCACGACUUGGGCACCAAUCCGCUAAUCCAACUAAUGUUUAAUGAUUCCCAAAUAGUAAUGUUGAUCUCAUAUACAAUCCCUUUGCACAACUAAAGCCCUUAAGUGUUUUGCUCACACAGCUGUUUAUUACAAUUGGCAGCACUUUCAAAAUGAAAUAAAAUAACCUCGAGACUGCCAAUGUGUUGGGUCAACCUCCAAAGACCUUUGCUCUAAGUGAAGGAGGAAAACGGAAGUGUGAGGUUUGCUGUUCUCUUGUCCUCCACUGAGUCACAACCAGUGAUAAACCAGGCAUGGAGACCAUCACACCUUUGUAGCAAACCUGCUUAUUAAACUGUCUAAUAUGGAGAAACUUUAUAGAAUAAGCAAACACUGUCCACUCAACGUACAAAUUACUCAAAAGGGCAGACUGGAGUACACAACACCGCUUUAGGAUCACCUCAGCACAGGCUCCAGCAGAGUGUCCAGUUCCCUCAGAGCUUCAGAGCCACGCCCACUACCCCUCAGCGCGAGCUCGCUGGGAACUCAGAGCGCGAGUGCCGUGGUCGCGUGAGGAGAUGUCUGAACGCGCGCGCACACACACUGUCAAGAUGGAGUCCGGAAAGUCGUGGAUCCAGACGACUUUUUAUAAAAGGGAGUGUGUGAAGUUUUUAGCUGCAUCAAGGGACCACCACAGGUGUUUCCCUGUUUGCCAUGUUUGCCAAAACCUAGUCAGGUGCUGCUGUGGGAGGCUGAUUGGUGAGCAUUCAGAGCUCGACUCCAGUUCUUGGCUCCGUCCGUCUGGGGAAGAAGAAGUGUGGUGUGUUGUUCAGCAUACCAAAACCAGCCCCACUGAUGCAUUCGGCUCCAUCGACUUCCAGGGAAGCAACAAGUGUUACUGCCGUGCGAAGUAUGUGCGGCUGUCCUGCGAUGCUAAACCUGAGGAGCUUUGCCAUUUAAUGCUGCGUGAGUGGAACAUGGCUCAGCCCAAGCUGCUCAUAUCAGUGCAUGGAGGAACAGACAACUUUCCCUUACCCCCAAGAGUGGGCCAGGUGUUCAGCAAGGGCCUCAUCAGGGCUGCAGAGACAGCAGGAGCCUGGAUUUUCACUGAUGGCUUCAAUACAGGGGUAUCGAUGUAUGUUGGAGAUGCUGUGAAAGCCUACGGUACGUAUGAGCGCAGGAGGAGAACUGUGAUUGGUAUCACGCCGUGGGGGCUUAUUGAGAACCACACUGACCUCAUAGGACGAGACGUCCUGAGGCACUACCAGACUCUGGGGAAUCCACUGAGUAAGCGCUCCAGUCUUAAUGGCAUGCACUCGCACUUCCUGUUAGUGGACGAUGGAACUCUGGGAAAAUCUGGAGGCCAGCAGGAGCUGAGGAGAAAGUUGGAGAGGCAUAUUCAACGGCAGAGGAUCCACCCCAGACUGGUUCAGAGAGUUCCCCUGGUGUGUGUGGUCGUUGAGGGGGGUCCUGCAGUGCUCUCCACGGUGCUGGAUUAUGUGAGCAGGUCUCCUCCUGUGCCCGUCAUUGUGUUUGAGGGCACCGGCCGUGCUGCAGACCUGCUGUCUCUCAUCCACAAACAGACAGCAGAGGACAGGGAGCUGGAUGUGAAUAUAAAGGAGGAUUUCCUGCAGCGCAUUGAGAAUGUAUUUGGUGUGGCGAGAACGAAGGCGUAUCAGUUCUUCACCCUGCUUAAACAUUGCAUGGAGCACAGAGAUGUGAUCACCAUUUUUGACUCGGAAUCAGAGGACCACUUGGAAGCAGAUGUGGCUAUUUUAACAGCUUCACUAAGAGGCACACCAGCAGAGAAAUUAAGCAUUACACUGGCGUGGGACAGAGCUGAUAUUGCUCAGCAACAUGUACUGGGGUAUGGACACGACUGGAAGGUGGGGGCCCUGGAGCAUGCCAUGCUGAACGCUUUGCUGAUGGACCGUGUCAGUUUUGUGAAGCUGCUCAUUGAGAACGGCGUGACCAUGAAGCACUUCCUGACAGUAUCUCGCCUGGAGGAGCUCUAUAACAUGCAGCACCAAGGCUCCUCAGAUCACUUCUUACGCCAUAUCAUUGAGGAUGCCAAAAAGUGUCGACUUCCUGGGAGAUAUAAGAUCACUCUGAUUGAUAUCGGCAUGGUGAUUGAAUAUUUGAUAGGAGGAGCUUAUCAGAGCACAUACAGGAGCAAGAGCUUCAAAGCUGUAUAUAACAGAAUUCAUAGUGAACUGAAGGAAGGCAGUCAGGAGCUUUCAGCAUCCAGAAGGACUGGCGAAGAGCCAGCUGAGUCAAAUGAACCACAGCCUCAAUUCUACAGAGCCACACAUCCUUACAGACGCACGAUGAAAUCAGAAUCUGUGCCCAAGAAUGUGGAGGAAGAGGAGGCAGAGCUGGGCGGCUCGUCCCUGUUUGCCUAUAGUUUCAAUGACCUGUUUGUGUGGGCAGUAUUGAAGCGGCGGCAGCAGUUGGCACUCUUUCUGUGGCAGCAUGGCGUGCAGGCCAUGGCCAGAGCUGUGGUGGCAUGCAGGCUGUACCAGGCCAUGGCCAGCGAAGCCAAGGAAAGCAACAUGGAUGACAGCAUUAUUGACGAGCUCAGGAAAUAUUCUGUAGAGUUUGGCCAGCUUGCUGUGGAUCUACUGGACAAGGCCUUCAAGGAGAAUGAGCGCAUGGCCAUGAAGCUGCUGACCUGGGAGAUGACAGAUUGGAGCAACUUUACCUGUCUGCAGAUGGCAGUGGCCUCGGGCCACGUUCCCUUCGUGGUUCACUCAUGUACUCAGAUGCUCCUCACCGACUUGUGGAUGGGCCGCUUGAACAUGAGGAAGAACUCCUGGUUAAAGAUCAUUUUGGCUAUCCUGCUCCCAGUGGGCAUCCAGAUGCUGGAGUUUAAGAGCAAGGCUGAGAUGUCCCAUGUGCCUCAGAGUCAGGAGGCCCUGCAGUUUGGAAGGGACACAGGGAGCUUAGGAGAACCAGAAACUGAAGACGUGAUGCAAGCGAAUGAGAGUGAUGCAGAAAGAGGGAGGAGCCAUGUUAAACACAGGCUCGUUGCAUGGUGGCUACCAUGGUCCAGGAAGCUCUAUGACUUUUACAAUGCGCCUGUGGUUAAAUUCUGGGUCCACACAAUGUCCUACCUGACGUUCCUUGCGCUUUUCUCCUACACGGUGUUGGUGAAAAUGGAGCCAAGACCCAGUGUCCCAGAAUGGCUGGUCUUUGUCUACAUCUCAUCCACAGCUGUAGACAAGAUCAGGGAGGUGUCUGUGUCUGAGCCAAAACAGUUCAGCAAAAAGCUGAAAAUGUGGUUCAGCGAAUACUGGAACAUGAAUGACUUUGUCGCCAUCAUUCUGUUUUUCGCGGGCAUGGUGCUGCGCUGGCAGACUGGUCUAAUUCACACAGCGGGGCGCAUCACUUACUGCCUGGACAUCAUUUUUUGGUUCGUGCGUUUACUAGACCUGUUGGCCAUUAACCAGCAAGCCGGACCCUACCUCAUCAUGAUUUCCAACAUGAUGAAGAACAUGUUCUACAUUGUAGUCAUCAUGGGCAUUGUGCUGGUGAGUUUCGGCACACCUCGGUGGGCCAUCCUAAAGCCACAUGAGGAACCAUCCUGGAACCUGCUGAAGGAUGUACUCUUCCAGCCCUACUUCAUGAUGUUUGGGGAGGUCUAUGCUACAGAAAUUAAUCCCUGUGAAGAAGAUCCAGAAUGUCCUCCCGGUUCAUUCCUCAACCCACCGCUGCAGGCCGUCUACCUGUUCAUGCAGUACAUCAUCAUGGUCAACCUCCUUAUCGCCUUCUACAAUCAUGUUUAUGUCCACAUGAAGAACAUAUCCAACCAGCUGUGGAGGUAUAACCGCUACCAUUACAUCAUGACCUUUCACAAAAAGCCGUUCCUGCCUCCGCCUUUGAUCAUCCUGAGCCAAAUGGCCUUGUGUGUGAAUGCAGUCUGGCAGAAACAUAGACGGACAUCCGCACAUGACAGAGGCUCUGGCCUUAAACUGUUCUUGGCUCCUGAUGAUCUGAAGAAGCUACUUGAAUUUGAGGAAAGAUGCGUGGCUGGCUAUUUCCGUGACAAACACGAGAGCCGGCACUGCAGCCAGCUCAACCGGAUCCGCCUUGCUGCCGACAAGGCAGAGGAGAUGAUGGGUACAUUAGCCGAGGUAUCUGAGAAGGUCCAGUUCAUCCAGGAGAGCCUGCAGACACUGGACGCUCAUCUCGGCCAGCUGCAGGACCUGUCUGCUCUUGCUGUGGACACCCUUAACCUCCUUUCGGCAUCUGAAAACAGGCAGCAGGAAACUGUCCACCUUUGUCCCAGCCCCCGAAUCGCAGCUAUGUCCUAUUCACAGCUAUCUUCCAUUGGUGGGAAUGUUGCGUCGAGCCACAUCCCUCCAUCGCAGAAGGCUUAUUGCAGCAAUCCACCCUCCCUGUUGCGUGGCCUGGCCCAUGGCAAGUCGUGCAACUCUUUAGAGCUUCCAUCAGGGGGCACGGGCAGCUUUUUUGACAGCAAGCUCAAGUGGGUGCUGGGAAAUUUGGAGGUGGAGCACAGCGGUCCAAGACAGAGACUUGGCGGAGACUCGUCCGUAGGAUUCCGUCUCUCGCAUGGAUCUCUGUCCAAUUUGUGGUCAGACCUGCAUGAAUCACCUGGGCAGUCAUGUGCCAGCUCUCUCACCACAGUCUGGGAUCAUGAGCCACAUCAUCUGCCCAGCCAGGAGGAGUCCAUGGAGGAGGAGGAGGAAGAGGACGAGGAUGACGAUGUGUUUAUUGACACUAGACCUAAGAAGAAUAGUAUGCUGGGCAUUGUGAAUCCAGCUUUCUGUGGUGAUAGUGAAUUAGCCAUGCCAAAACAAGGCCAUUUUGGCAGGAAGUUUAUUUUAGAGAGAGAUCUGGGACAUAGCCGCUCACUCUCUGCUAGUGCGGAGACAUUGGCCACGCCCACAAAAAGGCACAGUGUUCCAGGAGAACCCAUACCACCACAUCCAGGCCAGAAGGACAGAGAUCUCUAUAAAAUCUUCGAAAGAAAGCGAUCGUUUAGCCGGAAGUGUGUCAAAAUCAAAGAAGGAGAAGCAACCGAUGUGAGAAGAUUGGAAAGGGAUUCGAGCCGGCGGAGCAGACGGAAAGGGAAGGGAAUGGCUGGACGUAAAUUCCGAUCAUCUGGCAGUCUUAGUCAUCUUUCUCAGCUCAAUUUCGAUCACGUGGAUUUCUUACAGAAAUCAUUCACUUUGGGUCAGAACACAAGGAGCCCCAGCCAGUCAGUAUCGAACAGCUGGGCGCGCUCAGUCAGCCGUCGUUCCUCAGUACAGAGCUGGGUAGCAGUUGAACCUCGAACUUCUGUGUUCAAGUCAACGGAAGAUUUGGACCCACAUUACUCGGCUAUGGAAAGGAACAACCUGAUGAGAUUGGCACACACGAUACCAUUCACACCGGUGUCCCUGCUGGGAGGAGAGGAGGUGUACAUCUACGCUCUGGAGGAGUCGGAACCGGACUCCAUGCUCUCCAGCACCUCCUCGUGGUGUCAGAGAGGUCAUGCGGCUGUGGUGCAGCCCGUGUCGGACCAGGGAGCGCUGGAUGGUGGGCUACGCAAUGCUCAGUGGGUGCUGUGCACCUGGGCCGAGGAUGACGUGCUCAGACCCGGCUGUGUGUACGUGGUCAAGUCCUUCCGUGAAGAGGUGGUGCACACGUGGCAGACCGAGUUCCCCAACAACACCGCCCUUCAUCUCUGCUUAAGGGAAAUCCAGCAGCAGAGAGCAGCCCAAAAGCUCACGCAGGUCUUCAAUCAAGUCAAGCCCAGCUCUAUUGCUCAUUCGCCCAGAUUUCUGGAUGUGUCCCUGCUUUUCUGGCAGUCUAAAGGCCAGUGGCUUACCAUUGAGAAGAGUAUGAGCGGUGACUACAUGAAGUACAACAAUAAAACAGGAGAAGAAAUCACACCCUCUUGUGGCCUGGAAGAGACAGUGUUGGCUUUCUCACACUGGACUUAUGAGUAUACAGGCAGAGAGCUGCUGGUACUUGACUUGCAAGGUGUGGGGAUGGAGCUGACGGAGCCCUCUGUGAUCAGAGCAGUCGAUAAAAGCUCAUUCAGGGAUUUGCCGUUUGGCUCAACCAAUUUGGAUGAGGACGCAGUCCGGAGCUUUGUCCACAAACAUACCUGCAACUCGUGCUGCGAGAAACUUGGACUUACAGAUAUGCGGAACAGCAGCAAUCAUCACAUGCCAGUCUCUGAAGAGUAUAUCAGUACAGUUUGACCUUUGCCCCAGACUUCUUUUUUUUUCUCUCUUUUAACCAUAAUGCGAAGAAACACAAAGCACUCCAUGUCAUAUUGUUCAUGCCCCCCCCUUUUUUUUUUGUUUACACAAACUCUGACUUCGGCCAUGUGUUCAUUACUCAUAUGAAAGCUUGAAGGACUCCGUUAAUCAACGGGAAAGAUUUGUACAAAUAUCUAACAACAUUGUGGCAGUCUAGAUUUUCUAAAACAUUUCAUGAGUGUACAGAAACAGAAACUGCACAUAAACUGUUGAUUUGAGGAGCCAAUAUUGCUUUUCUGUUAAAAAACUUAAAAGUUAGCAAUAAGCUGAUGAUAUGAUCAUCUGAUCCAUCUGCAUUUCUAAACAUUAACCGAUGCUCUGUAUCUGCAUGUAUUGCCAUGCUGCUACAUGAUUGGCUGAUCGGAUAAGUGCAUGCAUGAGCAGACGCGGUGUUCCUAUUAAAGUGGCCAGUAAGUGUGUAUACCCUUAAUGGUGUGAAUACAAAUCACAAGGAAGUACCAACAACGUUCAUGGUUUAAGCUUAAAUAAAAACGAGCCAGAGGUUGUGUCCAUAAAA